GCGGAACCCAGUGGCGACUUUCUUCGUGUGCCAGUUCCGAAGUAGGAAGAAGAUGCUGAUUAAAGUGAAGACGCUGACUGGGAAGGAGAUUGACACUGACAGUGAGCCCACAGAUAAGGUGGAACGAAUCAAGGAGCGUGUAGAGGAGAAAGAGGGAAUCCCCCCACCGCAGCAGCGACUCAUCUACAGUGGGAAACAGAUGAAUGAUGAGAAAACAGCAGCUGAUUACAAGAUCCUAGAUCUAGGUGGUUCAGUUCUCCACCUAGUGUUAGCCCUGAGAGGAGGAGGUGGCAGUGAUGGAUCUAUCUUUCAUUUACCUCCUUUACCCUGUUGCUCAUAA